UAACAGGAGAGGUAGACAAACGCGCUAUCCCUGGCAUCAGCUGGGAUAGCUCACUGGGGUGGGAGGGUUCCAUGGCAUUCCACUAGGAGCGCCACGCGCAGAAAAGGGCUAAUGCGAAAAGACAAAAAAAAUAUAUCGUGCAUCUCAGCAGUCAGCAGGCUUGGCUGCUUGGUCGCUCAAGCUGUCAACCGUGCUGUCAGGCUUCUUGCCUAAUUAUUAUAAAUUAUUAUUCUGUCAGCAUCUGGUUUAUUUUUAAAUGGUUUCAACGUGCUUUGUCGCGGGGUGUUCAACAGGAUAUAAGUCAAACAAAGAGAAAACGCCAAUAUUCAGGGCCCCCAAGAAUGACACAAAUUUUGUGUUAUGGCAAAAAUCCAUCCCAAGGAUUGACCGAAAGUUUUCCAGAAAGGACUUUGUUUGUGCCAAACAUUUCAAAGAGGAGUAUCUAAUAAAAACAAGAACGAUAUUAAAUACAGCUCAUCCAUUGAAGGUUUGGAAGUUGGCAGCUGAUGCGAUUCCUACUCUAAACUUAAGAGAUAGUGACAAUCAAGCCACAAAGAAAAGGAAUGCAAGAAUUAAACAUAAUUCUAAGUUGGAGCCUGUUGAUUUGGAAUUUCCUGUCAGUCCUCAUUCACUUCAACUACUCGACAGUCAUGAACCACUUGUGAUACCCAACACAGUUGACGGGGUAGCUAAAGUCAAGAUUGCAGAUCAUUUACAAGGAAAUGGUAUUGAAGAGUCAGCACUAGAAAUACCCAACACAGUUUAUUUAGAAGCUGAUGUAGAGAUGUUGGUUCCUCGAGAAAAUAAUGCUAGUAACCAAAGAGAUUCACUUCAAUUACUCGACAGUCAUGAACCACUUGUAAAACCCAACACAGUUGACGGGGUAGCUAAAGUCAAGAUUGCAGAUCAUUUACAAGGAAAUGGUAUUGAAGAUUCAGCACUAGAAAUACCCAACACAGUUUAUGUAGAAGCUGAUGUAGAGAUAUUGGUUCCUCGAGAAGAUAAUGCUAGUAACCAAAGAGAUAAUGACAAUCAAGCCUAUACACGAGCUGAUGAAGAGAUUGCAGAUUCUCUACGAGAAAACGAAAAUGAAGAAAUCGAUGAUCAACCAUUAAUUGAAGCAGUCCAGAACAUAAUUUGUGAUCCAACGGAAGCAAAGCUCCCAAAUUCAUGGAAAUGGUGUUCUGUUAGUGAAGAUUAUCAAGAAGACGAUCCCAUAGCUUACAGCAAGAUAACUGCAGUUAGAUUCGGUGUUGUAAAUCAAAUCACCAUGCCCAUCAAGAUGCUUACAGUUGUUGGUGAAGAAGUCUUUUACACUGUGAGGGGAGUAGUAAUCAAAACACCAAAUUUUCUGCCAAAAUCCUACAGCAAAGUUGACGAGCUCAAUGACAUCUUGAUUCGCUUCGACUCGUCCAAUAUUUGUAGUGGUUUUAAAUUGCCUUGUAAAGACGCUCUAACACCUAGCCUUAAAAAAGCUACAGUGAAGCAGCUUGGUGAGCGACGAUCGAAAUUCUGCCUACGAAUUCUACAGAAAGGAUCGACCUGCUAUAGGUGCGAACACCUCAAUAAGUUAGUGGCUGGUAUGUCACCGAAGCCAAGCCAAAUGGAACGACUCGUUGAACGAAGCCAGAAAUCAAGUCAUCAAAAUCGUCUGUUAAAACGUCAGUUACGCCGAAAAGAAAAAGUGAUCAAGGAUUUGAGACAAGAAAUAAAGGAUUUACGAAAAAGCGUUGCAAAGGCGUGUGAGAAUGCCCUUGAAGAGAAAUUGUCCAGCCUUAAUCCUAAGGUAUUUUUUAAUACCAAUUAUUCUAUGGUAUUCUCUGAAGGCGAUGAUAGUUUUCGUGACGCAAGGAUAGUCUAAAUUAACACCGUUCCUUCUUUAAUACUUCAACAUUGACUCACACUAUAUUACAGUUGACUUAAUCACUAUUUUCCCUUCAACUUUGAUUAUCUGCCUUUUCUCUGUCUUUAUUAUGUUGUUCAUACAAG